UUAAAAUGAGUGAUGAAUGAAGUUGCUCAUUUCAAUAGCGUCUUUUUAUCUUUUAUUAUCACCCAACUGUCAAAACCUAAUUGUUUAGCAAAUUAGUAAAUACUAACCUCGACGUUUCGUGCAGUUGUUCAGGUAUCCGAUGUCGAAGGUGUCCUUAAAAAUUACUUUCUUAUCGAGAACAUAACGGAUCAUCAAUAUUUUGAAUACCGAAUUCGCAAAGAAAAUCUUCGUAAUACUAUAUAAAGGAAAUCCGCAGAGAAUAAAUUCAAAGUAAACGCAACAAGACAAUGGAGCACAAUAGAAUUCAAAAAUUGUUAUUGUCAGAGUACUGCGAAUUCUCUGAUCGCAUUCUUGUUGAAUCUCCAUUUGCGGAAACGACGCGCGAGGGACGCGGCCUGCGGGAAGUCGCCCUGGGCUUGACACCAACGAAAUUGGUUAUCGCUGCGGACGUCAUCGGCAGGAACAUAAGUUUCUUAUGCCCCCCAGAUUUGGAUCCCAGCAUAGAGAGUUUCGAACUCGUAUCGGUGUUCCCGUUAGAAUAUGUGAUCCUGAGUGUUUUUCGAAGAAGACGCAGAAAAACAUUGAAGGCAAGGUUUGUAGAUGGCAGAGCAAACUACUACGAGUUAGGUGGAAUGGAGAAGAAAACCAUGUUCUGGAAACUUUGGUGCGACCGUAUACGAGAGCUCAUGAUAAGGAAAGAAAAUGGAAGCUCCCUGUCAGAAACUACAGCAGCUAGCUCCUCGAGUAACAGCACUCUGUAUUUGCUUUCUUCUGGAAUAGAAUUAGACGCUGCGAAACAAUCUCGUGGAGAUAAAAGCGUUUGUAGGGUAUGGGCUCAUUACGGAGGUGCUGGUGAUGCCAUAGUAUCAUCUUGGCCUAGGAAAGAUCUCUAUCUUGGACCAUCUUACAAUGAGUUGAAUAAUGGUCGCUACACACCAGUGCCAAUAAGAUUUGCUGACGCCAGUCUAGACGAUCUACGAUAUGAACUGGAUGAUCGUUCACCGAUGACCAUCUCAAAGAAAGCCUGUUAUAGUUGGCCAGUAGAUCAGAACUUCCGGCAGGCUAGGAGAAAUCAGCGGAUGGGUGGACUCUGUGAUGUUCUGUUCACUAGAGAAGGCCAUGCUACAAAAACUCAUUUAGAGUCGGUAACAUUUCAGGGUGACUGCAUGAAAAAUGAGGACCCUGAUGAUUACAGUUCUAAGAUAAUAAAAUCACAGAGUCCGGAAACGAAAAAACUUGAGAAGCCUUUGAAUAAAUGGCAAAAGAGAGUGAUUCGUUCGAACGAGAAAGUCGUGAAUUUAGCGCCAAAAUUAUCAAGGUUUGGUUUUGGAAUAAGCGAAAAGUGCAGAUCUGGACUGUACCUACAACCGUGCAGUGGUGAUCAACCUUCUUUGAAACCAGCAUACACCCUGCUGAAUCCUUACAAAAUGAUCGAAGGCGGUGUUUCCCUAUGGGAGGGUGCAUCGAGGCAGAGGAAAGUCUCCAAGAGAUACAAACAUUUCAGAAGAUACGGUCUGUCGACAGCGCCUCAUUUUUUACAUGCUCUUGGACCCUGGUCUGUGCAACCUGGUGAACGUGAAUCGGUUCAAACACGACGAGUCCUAAGCGCUGUUAAUAUUCGUCGUCAGGCAGCAGAUCCUGAAUUACGUCUUCCCGUAUCGAGACGUCAACUGGCUGCCAGUGUUUCCACCACUGCUUUAGAGCCUGGAAGAUGUGGAGCCAUGGGAACCGCUACAAGAGGGCGUGUAGUUCUCUUCUGGACACCAGAGUACUGGUACCGGCCACGAGCCGCGACUGCAGCUUAUAGAGAACUUAGACAACAUCUAGCUCUUCUACGUGAGUUUAGAUCGUCUAAGGAGGAUCGAGGAAUCAAACGUAAAUUCUUCAGUAAGCGAAAAAGAACUCCAGUUCAAAGUGAAUCCAGGGAUUCUACAGUGUUUGAGGAAAAAUCAGCAAGCGAGAUCCUCGCCGUGAAGAAGAUAGACAUGCGCGCGAGGAUGAUAUCAAGGAUGAUAAAUGCUGCUAAAAAAUGUCACGAUUUUGGCAACUUUCAUUCUUGCCGCUCGAUUCUCGCUGGAUUACAAUCACCACCAAUCUAUAGAUUGAGGAACACUUGGUCCUACCUCCGUGUGCAUCAUGCCAUCAGGUACGAGUCUUUGGAGCAGCUUUGCAAGAUUUACAAAAGUCCAGAGACACGUACCUAUCGUAGAGCCUGGAGCAGAGCAGAGUGCUGUCCGCCAUAUAUACCAUAUAUAGGUGAUCUGCUUAUCAGACUCCUUGAUACAAAUUGGAAAAAUCGUUUAAAGUCUAAUCCAAAAUCGUUUAACCGAAACACCUCAAGAUCCUCCACUAACCAGUAUAAAGCCUUCUUGAAUAACAAAAAUACGAAAUGCCAGUUGGAUUGUCCUAAUUCAAAAAUUGACAAUGAACACGAUGUAUCAAUUAAUAAACAAAAAUCCAGUUUAGUCAGACGCAUUUUGUCUGCAGCCAUGACAAGAAUCGGUUACAGAAGAAUGGAAUCCCUCGGUUCAUCUUCUGCAAACGAUUCAGCGUGGACGUAUAAGCAGAAAAGUUUAGCAAGGAAGGUCUACAAUCAUUGGCGUAGCUACGUCCUGGAACGUAAGAUUCUAUCCGAGGUUGAGACUAGGCACCAAGGAAUGGAUCCUAGAAAAAAAAUAGUCCUGGAUGUCGCAUCUUGGCUUGGCGACUGUCAAAGAGCGGCGCAGGGUUACGACUUCUCAGGACACUCCUUGGCCUGGGAAUUCCUCUUGAAAGCCAGAUACAAGGAGGACAGAGAGAACUUCUUUACAAGUCUCAAACUGGAACCGUACCGAACUACUUGAUACUUUUUACAAUUAAGACUUGAGAUUUUUCUUAUUAAUCGAUCAAUAAAAUUUGAUUGAUCAUGAUACCAAUCCCUUACAGUCCUCUCUGGACUGGUAUCACUAUUAAUAUUUCUAUAAGCAUCUGGGCACACGCCUCACGAUCUAUCUACACAUACUUGCUAUACUUUAUUCUUCUUAUAUUAUACCUUUUAAUAAAGGUUUACGCCAGCAAUACUUGAU